UUUGCAAGAAAGAAUGAAGUUGCUUACACGUUUCAAUUUACUUCUUUAUUGAAAAUGGUAUCCAAGUAUGCUCAAAAUUCAUCCGAAGUUAUCCUGAUUCGUUCAAUUCUCAUUUGAAUAACAUGCCGUAUGAUUAUUUUACAAAAAAGAACACAGCAAAUGGAUGAAAAGGAAACCCAACCUCAUGGCAUAUGCAACAGACUUUUCAACUUCAUGAUGAAAAGUCUAGCUUUACAAGCCAUUAAGAGGGUCACUUUGGGCCAUCCAUCACCAUCUGAUGCUGCUACUCAUGAUAGAAAUGGCACUAAAAGCGACCAAAUAAUUGAAGAAACUUUAGGCAAAACCAGAGCUUCAAGGGCCAGGUUUAUGUUAGAGAACAACAAUACAAAAGACCCAGACCAGAAACUCAAAUCAAUUCAAGGUGAGCUGAAGAACAAGUUCGAGUCGAGCGCUGUGGAUGAGAUACCAGAAGAAGAAAGAGAAGCAGCACCUCAACAAAAAAAGGCCCCAAAGAAAAUGGUUAGUAUAAAUGACAGAGUCGAGGAUAUACACAAAAUUGUGAAGAAAAGAAUGAAGAGCAAAUCAUUUGAUAAGUAUAACUCGUUUGACAAUGGAGAAGAUGAUGAGGUAAAGCCUUUGAAGUCAAUUCUGAAGGUGGGCUCGCAGAGGUUCUAAAACUAAAACAGUUGAUAUAUUUACAAGUGAUCAUCCUGACCUUUCUUUUAUUUAUUUUUGUUCAAUCGUGUGUUAAAUGUUGCUCAUGGUUGAGCUACAUGUACAUAAAUUUAUGGUGACAAUAACUUGUGCA